CCCUUGCAAAGAAACCCGUGCAAAAUCAGUCAAGCCCCCAACGAUUUUCAGCCCGUCUCUGACGGAGCACCGCCAAAAUUCUCACCGCCAGCAGCGCAAUGAACUCGUACUUUGAGCAGGCCUCCGGCUUCUAUGGCCAUCCGCACCAGGCCACCGGAAUGGCGAUGGGCAGCGGUGGCCACCACGAUCAGACGGCCAGCGCAGCGGCGGCGGCCUACAGGGGAUUCCCCCUCUCGCUGGGCAUGAGUCCCUAUGCCAACCACCAUCUGCAGCGCACCACCCAGGACUCGCCCUACGACGCCAGCAUCACGGCCGCCUGCAACAAGAUAUACGGCGACGGAGCCGGUGCCUACAAACAGGACUGCCUGAACAUCAAGGCGGAUGCGGUGAAUGGCUACAAGGACAUUUGGAACACGGGCGGCUCGAAUGGCGGCGGGGGUGGAGGAGGCGGCGGCGGGGGCGGCGGAGCGGGCGGAACUGGAGCCACUGGGAACGCCAACGGCGGCAAUGCGGCCAAUGCAAAUGGACAGAACAAUCCGGCGGGCGGCAUGCCCGUCAGACCCUCCGCCUGCACCCCAGACUCCCGAGUGGGCGGCUACUUGGACACGUCGGGCGGCAGUCCCGUCAGCCAUCGCGGCGGCAGUGCCGGCGGCAAUGUGAGCGUCAGCGGCGGCAAUGGCAACGCCGGGGGCGUACAGAGCGGCGUGGGCGUGGCCGGAGCGGGCACCGCCUGGAAUGCCAACUGCACCAUCUCGGGCGCCGCUGCCGCACAAACGGCGGCCGCCAGCAGUUUACACCAGGCCAGCAAUCACACAUUCUACCCCUGGAUGGCUAUCGCAGGUGAGUGUCCUGAAGAUCCGACCAAAAGUAAGAUAAGAUCUGAUUUAACACAAUACGGCGGCAUAUCAACAGACAUGGGUAAGAGAUACUCAGAAUCUCUUGCGGGCUCACUUCUACCAGACUGGCUAGGUACAAAUGGUCUGCGAAGACGCGGCCGACAGACAUACACCCGCUACCAGACGCUCGAGCUGGAGAAGGAGUUCCACACGAAUCACUAUCUGACCCGCAGACGGAGAAUCGAGAUGGCGCACGCGCUCUGCCUGACGGAGCGGCAGAUCAAGAUCUGGUUCCAGAACCGGCGGAUGAAGCUGAAGAAGGAGAUCCAGGCGAUCAAGGAGCUGAACGAGCAGGAGAAGCAGGCGCAGGCCCAGAAGGCGGCGGCGGCAGCGGCUGCGGCGGCGGCGGUCCAAGGAGGACAUUUAGAUCAGUAGAUGGUCUAUAGAUCUGUAGGGAAGAAUUAGGCGGAAUGGCGCAGAGACAGAUACAAAGCAACUAUAUUGUAAACAAAUGAACUAUUUACUUAAAUGAAUAAUAUUUAAAUAUUUUGAUGGUACUUGUGCGAAUACGAAACUUAACCUAAAUCGAACCUAAUGGAAUUAUUUCAAGCGUUUGAGCAGCAACCGAAAAUACGUAAAUGAAACAAAACUACAAACUAAUUAACUAGGCUAAGUAAAUAAAAGUAGUGGAAAGAGCGCAGAUUAUAAACCUACUUAGAAUUAAACGAGGAAAAAAAGAAAGUUUAAUUUAGUUCCAAACGAAAAAAAUUAACAAAAAUUCGCAAACGUAAGAUUUAUUUUUACCACAUGUAGAGAGACCACUCGAAAUUAAAACCUCUGUCCUGCCCCUUUGUUGCUUACUGCUAUGUUUAAAUUAAUUUUCGCGAAAAAUACUCAAAAAUUAAAAAAAAAACACACAAAAUAAAAUGUUGAGCGCGAGCAAAAUUCUGUUGAUAUGAAUUUUUGGUAAAAACCAGUUCUAAACCAAUUUAAGAUACGUGACAAAGGAAACGAAAAACAAAAGAAAACUAUUAAACUUUAACUUGAAUAUAAAUAGAAUUUGUUAGCCAAGUAAACAUAUUGCGAAACGAAAAACCAACGUUUUUGGGAGGAUCGAAUAUUUGAAUGUGUAUAGUUUGUGCUUAUUAAAUAAAAUAAUGCAAUUUUAGUUAACUCUGUUUAUUUUUAAACGAAUUUGUUUAGUUCUCGCCCAAACGACUAGAGUGAAGCUGUUUCUUUAAGUAAUGUGUAGUGUGUUUACCUUUUAAAUUAAAUUAAUGCCUAAUUUUAUUAUUAUUAUGUUUAGUUUAAUGACAAGCGUUUAUGAGAUUAUCCAACAGAAGCGGCGAGAAGAGUACGACAAACCGUUUGCCCCGGCAAACGCAAAUAAAUUAUUGGUUUUGAAAAAAUCUGAAAAAAAACAAUGAGAAAACGAAUUCGAUUGUUGUGUUAUUAUUUUAGUUUUGCCAUUGCGAUUUUCUGUUCUGUUCUCCCAGUGUAAUUAGAGCCUGAGUUGUUUGAGAGUUUGCGGGCUGCCCGCUUGCAUGCGAAAUUGCUUUUGAUCUCGUUCCGUUAAAUGAUCGUGAGUUGUACGCUCUAUAGAGAUACCCAUAUACCGAUAACUUAACGUUUACGAUACCGAUACCAUAUAUAGUUUAGUGGAUCCCAACGAGCUGUGCUCGAAUCAAGAAGCCACAAGGCGAAACUUGGUCCUUCAGUUGAGUUUCCGAACUUGUCCCAGUUGGGGGAUCCAACGAUUGCCCUGCACAAGAUGUAUACGUAACUAGAGCCUAAGAUUCGAUUAUAGAUAUAUUAUAUAUAUAUAAAUCUUGAUAUAUAUUUAUGUAUUUAUAUGGAUCGAGUAUAAAAAGGACAAACAAUAAGAGAGAAAUAUCUGCGGAACGGAACGGAGGCAGAUGCAAAUACGUAAAUAAGAAUAAGUUAAAUGUUAUAGAUUUUAAACGCGAACCGAAAUACGUUACUGUAUACAUACACUGAACGAAAAAGUGGCGAAUGAGAGGCGUGGAUCGAUUGGGGUAUUCCCCGCCACCGCAAACCAAGAAUAGACGCUAAAAUACAAUACUUGAAUAUUUAAAUGUGGAUUAUCGUAGCAACAGAUAUACGUAAAAAAGAGACCGAUUCGGAGGGGUCUUGCAUAUAGUACUGCAUCCUACCAUUUACCUACUACUCACUUAAGUAAUACCAGUGCAUUCGUAGUAAUAAUAAUCGCUACUUACGUGUACAUUGCUAGUGGCUUUUACUUUAAAGUUUAAACUCUCCGACCCUCGGACAGGCGGGCCGAGCAGCCUAUCCAGAUCGAGAUAACUACUUUUCCUAAAUAACGAUCAGAUCAGUCCUACAAAUACUUUGCAGCUACAUUUUCUACUCGUACUUUCCCCUCCCCGCGAUCGCCGAUUGGACCCGCAAGCUCCGUUUAUACUUAAUCUAUUUAACUCUAAUUUAAAGCCAUUCUAUGUUAGCUCCGUAAGUUGUAAAUUAUCAAUAUGAACUAUACGUAAAAGAAAAACACAAAACAAACAGCAACCAGUGAGAAUGUGGAAAAUGAAACAAAUAAAUUAAACAAAACGAUUUAAACAAUUUA